UUGUAAAAUGAAAUUCUUAUUGUGCCUUGGUCUGAGUUGCAUUCUAGCGGUUUCGCAAGCCGCAGGUUCCCAAAGUUUAGCAUCUGCUAUAGCUCACCGGAUAAAAAACGGUCAAAUUGUCGUUGAUACCAUUGCUAACAAUGCCCAGGCCCUCAAGAACUAUAUUGGUCAACCCAAGCUGGAUGCUUACCUGAAGACCGAACAGGACAUUCGGAACUUCCUGUCGGUAAUUUCGAAGAUCCAGCUUUCAGAUAGCGACCUGGCGACGCUCAUUCCACUGGUUCAGAAAAAUGCCUCCGAUGCCUGGCAGCUGUAUGGAAUGUUCAAGGGAACGUUCCUCAAAAAGUGCUACGUACCAGCCUUCUCUGGCAUUAGGUCAUUCUUUUGGCGAGUCCAGUACUUUGCCAAUGGAGUGGCUAAAAUAGUCGAUAAGGCCAAUUCUGCCGAGCUGACUGCCGCAUAUAAAGCCAUUUUGGACGACGUGCAAACAUUUAAGAAACUGUAGUCGGUGAUCCAUCUGUUUAAAUAAAAGGUGUCUGUUGAAAUA